CACGUUUUAUUGUUUCAGUGAUGAUUUUAUAUAAUUAAUAGAAAUAAUUAAAAAAAUACUGCACAAUGGUUCGGCAAGUUUUUUCUGGUCCUAUGAUUCAUGCAGAUGAAAAUGGAGAAGUGAUUUUUAAGAAGUGGGUUGCAAUUCUUGUCGAAGAUGGCAAGAUUAUUGAUGUUAUGGAAAAUCCAACAACAGAUCGACAAAAGAUAGAUGAUUUUCAUGCAGACCAAGUUAAUAAUUUAUCACCAGGACAAUUUAUAAUACCUGGAUUUAUCGAUUGCCAUAUUCAUGCAGUGCAGUUUCCGAAUCUUGGAUUGGGUUACGAAAAAACUCUCUUAGACUGGCUGGAGACCUAUACUUAUCCAUUGGAGAAGCAGUUUACUGAUGAAAAAUUGGUAAAACAAGUAUUUGAAGUGGUUGUGAAACGAACUAUACAAACUGGUACAACAACAGCAUGUUAUUUUUCAUCUUUGUAUACCGAGGUAUCUAUGAUUCUCGCGGAGAAAUGUUCACAGUUUGGUCAACGGGCUUUCGUCGGAAAAGCAAACAUAAACGUUCCACGGGAUAAUGGAUAUUACGAAAGCACGGAAAAAUCAAUCGAGACUACUAAGGCCUUUAUAAAAGCUGUCGAAGAAAUAGGAAAUCCCCUUGUGAGACCAAUUAUCACGCCAAGACAUGCAUUGAGCUGCAGCAUGGAAUUAUUGCAAGCUCUAGCAAAGAUUGCUAAAGAAAAAGAUUUACAUAUACAGAGUCACAUUGCUGAAAUUAAAAACCAAGCAAAAGGAAUAAAAAGAGCAUUCGGAGAAACCACAUGUACAGCUAUUUUUGAAUCUGCUGGUCUUCUUACCAACAAGACAAUAUUAGCACACGGAACCUAUCUUGAGGAUAGUGAACUUCCCAUACUUGCAAAACGAGGAACAGGUAUAAUUCACUGUCCAUCUUCGAAUAUAAAUCUGAAAAGCGGUCUUUGCGAUGUGCGAAGAUUAAAGGCUAAUAAUAUCGAUGUCGGUCUUGGAACAGAUGUUUCAGCUGGAUCAAGUUACAGCAUCUUGGAUGAAAUGAGAUCGGCUUUACACGUAUCAAAUUCUCUACAUCUAACGAGACAUAAUUAUGUACCGUUAGAUUAUAAAGAUGUCUUCUCUAUGGCAACAUUAGGAAAUGCUAAAGCGCUUUCGAUUGAGGACAAAAUCGGUAACUUGAUGUCAGGCAAAGAAUUUGAUGCUCUCGUCAUAGAUUUGGAAGCAGGAAACAGCUUGUUGGAUAACUUCAGAGAAUAUACACUCGAGGAAAAACUCCAAAGAUUUAUAUAUUCCGGCAAUGAUAAUAAUAUAGUAUCAGUUUAUGUAAAGGGUAGAAAAAUUAAAUAAGAAAGAUUUUAUUUUAUAAGGCGUUACUGUUACAAUUAUUAAAAAUCAUUUCGUAACGAAAAUAAGCUGUUGAAUGAAUUAUAAAAUGCUACUAUGUUAUAAACAAAUUUAUAAUUCUCAAACAAUAACAGACUCAGUCUUACAAUUAGUAAUAAUAUAUAAAAAGA